CUCAUAUCCUUCUCGUCUUUACACUUCGCUCCCAAGCAUUUUGUUUACUAGGCUUUUUAACGUCGCUAAGAUGCUCGGCAAAAUAAUCCUCGAAGAAGCCUUCGCUCUUCCUCGCUUGGAAGAGAAGACCCGAUGGUGGGCAGGCAUGUUCUCAACGGAUCCAGAAACACAUGUUCAAGAAAUCCAAGACCUCAACGAUCUCCGCAUCAAACAUGCCGAUAAACACGGUGUCGGCUACCAGAUCUUAUCUUACACUACUCCAGGUGUUCAAGAUAUUUGGGACCAAAAGGAAGCACAGGCUUUGGCUCUGGAAAUUAAUGAUUUUGUUGCUGAGAAGCUCAAGCAGUUUCCCGAUCACCUGGGUGCUUUUGCGACACUAUCUAUGCACGACCCUAAGGAAGCAGCAGCAGAACUUCGCCGUACAGUAACCGAAUACGGUUUCAAAGGAGCCUUGGUGAACGACACCCAGCGAUCUGGACCUGAUGGUGACGACAUGAUUUUCUACGACAAUCCAAAAUGGGACGUGUUUUGGGAGACCUGUACAGAACUUGAUGUGCCAGUCUACAUCCAUCCUCGCAAUCCAACAGGAACCAUUUAUGAGAAGCUGUGGAAAGAUCGGUCUUGGCUUGUUGGACCACCCCUAUCCUUUGCACAAGGCGUUAGCUUGCACGUGCUGGGUAUGGUCACGAAUGGUGUUUUUGAUCGGAACCCGAAGUUGCAGAUUAUCAUUGGACACAUGGGAGAGCAUAUCCCUUUUGAUAUGUGGAGAAUCAACCAUUGGUUCGAAGACCGCAAGAAGUUGUUAGGUUUAGAUUGCAAGAAGACGAUCCGUGAAUAUUUCAACGAGAAUAUCUGGAUCACGACGUCUGGCCAUUUCUCAACUACGACGUUGAACUUUUGUUUAGCGGAGGUUAGUUCGGAUCGGAUUUUGUUUUCGGUGGAUUAUCCCUUUGAGACUUUUGAAGAUGGGUGUACUUGGUUUGAUAAUGCUGAGUUGAAUACGAGGGAUAGAUUGAAAAUUGGGAGGGAGAAUGCUAAAAAUUUGUUUAAGCUUGAGGAGUACAAGGAUAGUGAUGCGAAGGUUAUUUGAGGGUGUUAGUUUGACAAUUCAUUCUCAGUCUAUGGCCUUCUGUUUUCACCUUUUUCUGUGGACUAUAGAAGUAGCUUGAGCAUGAAUUGGUGUUAUGUUCAGAUCGAAUAUUGGGUUCAUUAUAUUCAGAGUUUGAGUUAGGUUCGAGAGAUCGACAACUCGCUCUCUACCCACGUUCAUCAUCGCUCG